AGAGAGAGAGGUUGUUUGUUUCGUUUUGAAUCCAGACUCCAGAGAGAGAAAGAGAAGAGAGAGAUUAUUUGAGUCGCUCAACGCCAUUAUACAUCUGUUCCCUCUCUUUCUCUCUGUAUCUCUGUGUGUCUUGUCUGGCGUUGUCGUCCCAAAUCGACAAGUUUGUUUUUGGAACGGUGUGAAAUCCUGACCUGGCUCAUCCCUUAUCAGUUUCUCUCUCUUCCAGCCUUUGCAUUCAUAUAAAAUUCCCCCGAACCCAAUUUUAAACUUUCAAAACCAGUCCUCCUCAGGAACCCAUCUCUGUCUCUUUCUCUCCCAUUUCGUCCUUUCUGCAACUCUUCUGCCAUUGUUUCCUAACCAACGUGCAGGCUCUCUACAUUCAAACAAAAAAGGGCUAAAUUUACUCUUCGAACGCUAAAAAGCCGCUUUCCGUUGAGCUUCAUUGAUCCCAAGGAGGAAUCAAGAAGUUUGAAGCAAUUUAUUGUUGGAGCUUCCUGAAUAUUCCUCCUAUCCUUGGUGAUUUCUAGGGUUUACGACUUUUUUUCCUAGCUCUUUGAAGGCCAUUUCGUAGGGGUUUCGACCACUCGAUUCUCAGCAGGUGGACAGUAGAGGUGAAAACAUUAACGUUAAAGGGCAUGAUGAGCGUGAAAUCUCACCAAAAUGCAGUGGACUCUCCGAGAGCAGAGGUGGGAGAGAUUGACACUAGAGCGCCAUUCCAAUCCGUCAAAGCUGCAGUCAGCUUGUUUGGUGAAGCAUCCUUCUCAGGGGAGAAACCUACCCAUAAGAAGUCAAAAUCUCUUUCUAUAGAGAGGGUAUUGGCAAAGGAGACACAACUUCACCUGGCCGAAAAAGAGCUAACCAUGCUCAGGGAACAGUUGAAAAAUGCAGAAACUACCAAGACCCAAGCACUUGCUGAGCUUGAAAAGGCUAAACAAACAGUUGAGGAUUUAUCCAACAAGCUGAACAAUGUAAACCAGGCUAAGGAAUCAGCAAUUAAGGACACAGAAAUGGCAAAGAGCCUAAUAAAGCAACUAGAAGAAGUGAACUCUAGUCGCUCUGUUGGAACUGAUGAUGCAUGGAAACAGGAGUUGAACAAUGCAAGAGAACAGUAUGCAGCCACCAUUUCUGAACUUGAUGCUGCCAAGCAAGAACUCAGGAAAUUCCAGCAGGAUUUUCUGUCAUCUGUGGAACGAAAAGCUGCUGCAUUCGAGCGAGCAGAAGAAGCCGCACUUGCAGCUGAAGCUAAUGCCGAGAAGGCUGCUGAGCUGCUGAAAGAGCUUGCAACCACAAAAGAAUCACUUGGGCAUGUGAAGCUUGUUUCUUUGCAAGCCCACCAGAAGCAAGAAGAGAAUCUUGAGGACAAAAAUGCUCAAAGGCAGUCUUAUAGAGCAGCCCUGGAAGAAGCCGAGAAGAAACUGGAUCCUGAGCUCACCAUGAAUCUCGAAGAUAAGCUUGCUGAAACAGCUGCUGAGAUUGAGACUUUACAAAAGGAGAGGGAAAAUGCUCGGGCUUCUGAUCUGGUUUCUGUAAGAAAUGUGACGACAGAGCUUGAUGAUGCUAAAGAGGCAUUGCACAAAGUAGCAGAAGAUGAGAGCACUCUUCAGAGCUUGGUGGAGUCCCUCAAGGUAGAGCUGGAAACACUGAAGAAAGAACAUACUGAACUGAAAGAAAAGGAAGCUGAAACUGAAUCUAUUGCUGGGAACUUGCAUGUGGAGCUCCAGAAAAGUAAGGCUGAGCUUGAGACAGCCCUUGCCAAAGAAUCUAAAGCCAAAGGUGCUUCAGGUGAGCUGAUCUCUACCCUCCAACAGCUAUCCUUAGAAUCAGAGAAUGCAAGAAAGGAGGCAGAAGAAAUGAAGAGAAAUGCUGAAGAGUUGAAGAAAGAAGCUGAAGCCAGCCGUGCUGCCCUGGUGGAAGCAGAAAAGACACUACAGAUUGCACUAAAAGAGGCAGAAGAAGCAAAGGCAGCAGAGGCAAAGGCCUUUGAUCAGAUUAAGAUAUUGUCUGAAAGAACAAAUGCAGCUCGUGCUUCAACAUCAGAAUCUGAUGCAAUGAUCACAAUUUCGAAGGUGGAAUUUGAGUCAUAUAGCUGGAAACUUGAGGAAUCUGAUAAAUUGGCUGAAAUGAAAGUAGCUGCAGCAAUGGCUCAGAUGGAAGCCGUAAAGGCCAGUGAGAAUGAAGCACUAAAUAGGUUGGAGGCAAGCCAGAAGGAGAUUGAGGAGAUGAAAGCUGCAACGGAGGAGGCUUUGAAGAGGGCAGAGAUGGCAGAGGCAGCAAAGAGUGCUGUUGAUGGAGAACUUCGAAGGUGGCGUGAAAGAGAGCAAAAGAGAGCAGCUGAAGCUGCUGCUCUUAUUCUUGAGUCAGCGGUUUCUCCAGCUUCAUCACCACAACAUGCCACGGUUCAGAAGCAGAACCAACCAGAGAAGGUUGUCGGUCAUAAGCUGGAUAAACAAAAGUCGUCUGGCUCAAAGAAGGCACUAUUGCCCAAUCUCAGUGGUAUCUUUAGUAGGAAGAAGAUCCAGGUUGAGGGCACGUCUCCCUCUUACCUCCUUGGAGAGAAACCAGUGUGAUUUGUGUUUGCUGAUGACUACUCUCAGUGUGUGAAUGACACGAGGGUCAGAAGAAAUUGG